CAAAUUCUCUCUCCCAAUCCAAUCACUCAAAUUGAAAAAAAGGAAAAGAAAAAAAAAAAAAGAAGUCAUUGAUCCAAAUUCAUGAGCUUGAAGAAGAAGAAGAAGACCCCACCAUUGCAUGACACCAUGUAUGGUCUCUAGUGAGCAAGAAGCCAAAAGGAAAAGGCUUUAGAAAACACCAAGCCUUUGCCUUUGGACCUUUGGCUUUCUCUUUCUCUCUUUCUCUCUCUUUGGGAGAGGAAUUGGGUGGAAAGCUUUGAGCUUUUUGGUGUGGGUGGGGGUCUCUCUUUUAGGGAGGAAUUGGGGAGAAAAAGGGAGGAUGUUUUCGGGGCUGAUCCACAGGCAGGAAGCUUCGGAGGAGAUCCAUGGCCCCAGUCUCGUCCUCACGGCCGACCCCAAGCCCCGCCUCCGCUGGACUGCGGAUCUCCAUGAGCGUUUUGUUGACGCUGUUGCGCAGCUUGGAGGCCCCGAAAAGGCGACCCCUAAGACUAUAAUGCGGACAAUGGGCGUGAAGGGUCUUACCCUUUUCCACCUCAAGAGCCAUCUGCAGAAAUACAGGUUAGGUAAACAAUCUGGAAAAGAAAUGACAGAGCAGCCAAAGGAUGCUUCUUACCUUUUAGAGGCACCAAGCAGUAGCAUCUCAUCUCCAAGAGUGCCGACUCCUGAUGUGAAUGAGGGCCACGAAGUCAAAGAGGCACUGAGAGCACAGAUGGAAGUUCAACGACGGCUGCAUGAACAAGUUGAGGUUCAGAAGCAUGUCCAAAUUCGGAUGGACGCAUACCAGAAGUACAUAGACACCUUACUAGAAAAGGCUUGCAAAAUCGCCACUGAGCAAAUCGCAGCAUCUGGUUUCAACUCGGCUGCAUCUGACCUUACUGACAUGGUAACCAGAGUGAUGAUUCCGGCUGACCCUCUGAGCCCGUCUUCGUUCAACCAGUUGUCUAUGGGCGGGAUAAGCGUGCACAGCCCUGGUCACUCUGCCACUGACGGCCGUUAUUUUCAUCAGAAGUUCCCUGAACUUCGACGCAAUGCAUGCUAAAUAGUUUCGACACAUAUGUGUACUACUCUCUGAGGUGGAUAUCGACAAUUCGGAACCUUGUAACUGUUUCUCUGAAUCUGACUAAAUUUGGAGGGAUUUAGAGGGAAGGAUUCUGAAAAUUGUCUGUUUGUAACUUUCUUUGUGUGAAGUUCUUGACAUCUUGUCACAAAAA